CCAUUUCAGCCAUUUCAUCAGUUGCGAUUUAACAUUCGAUUUGAUAAAACGUGUUUGUUGUUUUGCGCGAAUAUCUUCGUUGUGAUCCAAACCAUCCAAACUCAGUAUUUGAGAAAAACAAAUAAAAAAACACACAUACAAAAAAAGAUACAACAGUUCUAACCGGCUCUGUGUGAGUUUGGGCCCCAGAACCAAAAAAUAAAAAAAUCUAUUUUAUUAUCAAAAAACAAAAAAAAAAAACAACACAAAAUAAUUGUGUCAAGUCCUGCCAUAAAAAAGUGAUUAGAAAAUUAGCCCUACCAAAAUAAAGUUUGGUAAGUUGGCCGGCCAUAAAUCAAGUGAGAGCUGCUGGUUCUGCACCAAGAACAGCAACAAAAUUAAUAAAAAAUACAAACAAAAAUAAAGCAACAAUUUUGAAUGGCAAAAAUCAUAAAAAAUUAACUUUCAAUUUCAUUUGAUUAUUUUUUGCAAACAAAAAAAGUGUUUAAAUUGUUUGUGUGAUAAUACCUUGCAAAAAAAGAAAUAUUCAAAUAAAUAUACAAAAAAUAGUGAAAAAUAAUAAAUAUUUCACGCUCCAAUUGUUAUGUGAAAAAUUAAAAAAUAAAUCACAGCUGAAAAUCUAAAUAUCUGUGGCGAGUGAUUCACAACAGAACAGCAAAAACUUUCUUCUUUCCAAAAUACCUGGUUGGGCAUUUGGAAAAGCGUUUUGUGUUAAUUCUCAAAAAAGGUCAGUAUCGAAUUACAAACGAAUGGCGAACGUUAACCAAACAAAGUAACAACAACUAAUCAGAAUAUUGUCAAUGGAUGGAUUCUGUCAAUGCUCAACACUUGAGAACCUCCAAAAAAGAACACAUUGAAGUAAUUCCGUUUGCCGAAAAUUCGUUGUAUAUGAGCUGCUCAGUAUUGUUUCGAUUACAUUUGGCGAAGAAGUGAAAGUAAAAUUCGCAGCUGAAAAGUUAACAAUAAGAAUAUCCCAACGUCCCUCCUGAACGUCACCGUCACCCCGUUCACCAUCACCACAGCUGAUUAUCGUUUUGUGGAACCACCAGCGCGAACGCAUUUAUAAUUAGAAUUUAACAAGCCGAGUAAAGUGGGGAAAAUAUACGCUCUUCAGAUAUUACUUAAUUAAGCACACGUUGUAGUGGACCAUAACAUAAGGCAACAGAAACAAAAGUUGUUUCCAUGAAAUUCAAUUGGAUUUGAAGUGAAUAUGCAACAGAGGCCGUUUGAUUUUGACACAACAUAUCAAUCAAAUUUUUAUUGUUAAAUUAAGGAAACCAGCAACAACAACAAUACUUUAACUAAACAAACGAAAUUUAGGAAACCGCCAAGGAAGAACUCCAAGAACCCUCAGCACCAUAAAUUGAAAUUGUUUAAAUUUCAAAAUUUAUUUGUUAUUCAAUUUGAGGAAGUGAGGACGAGAACACAGCAGCAAAAUGCGCUUCUUAAUAUUAAUUUUAGCUUUAGUUCUUCACAUAGCAUGUGGCCAAUAUCAUCAAUCCUCCGCCUCGGUGGGUGUGAAUUUUGAAAAUAUCUCCCCACCCCACAUGUCCGGCGGCGCCAUGGCAGCCUCCCAAAGUGAACAGGAUAAGCCCAGAACACGACGCAUGUACGCCAUGUGUCCGCCAAAUUUCCAACGCAUUGGCACCGAAUGUUUUUCUCUCUCCCAGCAGCAGGGUAGCUGGCUGGAGGCCCAUUUCAUUUGUAAGGAUAAAAAUGCCCGCCUGGCUGAACCGGAAAAAUAUGCAAAUCGCAAGCUGCGACAAUUUCUGUUGAAAAAUGAUGGAAACACGGAUCCCAUAUGGAUUGGCGCCACCUACGAUUGGGUCAACAAAAUGUGGCAGUGGAGCAUUAGUGGACGCAAUUUAACAUUCAAUGACUUUUAUGAUAAGUCUAUAGAACACAGUUUGGAAAAUCAUUGUGCAGUAUUUGAUCCUCAAUACAAAUACAGAUGGUCAUCAAGAUCUUGUGUGGACAAACAUCGUUUCAUUUGCCAGCAUAAAAUGCCCAAGGUUAGCGAAAAGAAUCGUCACAAGGUCUACAAUCGCUGGAAUGCCACCUAUCCCAAUCAAUUGGCCAAUGAAGUUAUUUUGGAGGUGAUCGACCGCAAAGGAAGGUACAAUCGCCGUGUCAUUGCCGAUGGCAGUAACGAAGAAAUGGUUGUCCCCACCCGUCCCGGUACUCACAAUCGUCGCCGUCGUCCACGCCCUCAACGCCCCACUGCGGUGCCCGGUGAAAACGAUGUCACCUAUCAAUCUCCUCAUACCCCAAGACAUCCCCGCGUUCGCACCACCACAACCACCACCACUCCAUAUCCCUACACUGCAACCUCACUACCCAACAACCGUGACAAUGAAAUCCUAGGACCCCAUGAAGCCGUCACUCCCACACCGGCCAACGUGCAAAGGAGAAAGAACUCGAAUGUACGCACAAAAUUGGAUCGCGAACUGCAGCGCCAGCGUGAAAAGGAAUUGAGACGUUUGCAACGCAAAAAGGAAAGGCAAGAAAAGAAACGCCGUGAAAAGGCUGAAACCUUGAGAAAAAUGCGCGAACAAAGGGAACAGGAAAAACGCCGCAUUCACGAAGAGAAAAUGAGACAGAAACAAUUGCAACAACAAAAUCAGCAACAGCAAAGGGAAUUGGAUCAAAUCCGCCAAAAGGAAAACGAGGCCGAGCAACAGAGGCAGCAACGUGAACGACAACUGGAGGAAACCCAACAGAAGAGCAAAUUGCAAGAAAUCGAGUCGUUGAAGAAGCAACGCGAGGAGGAAGAAAGAAAACGUUUGGAAGACGAAGCUGAGGAGAGAAGACGCCAGGCUUAUUUGGAAAAAAUGCGUGAAUUAGAGGAACAAGAGAGAGCCAAGGCUGAAGAGGCACGCAAACAGGAAGCCGAAAAGAAAAUGGAAGAGGCCCGAAGACAAGAGGAGGAACGCAAACGUUUAGAAGAAGCCAAACGCAAGGAAUACGAAGAACGCCUCAAGCAAGCCGAAGAUGAAAGAGCCCGCCAAUUGGCUGAAGAACAAGAACGCAGACGUCUCCAGGAUGAGGCAAACCGCCGUCAAAUCGAAGAAGAACAAAAACGCAAACAGGAAGAAGAACGUAGGCGAUUGGACGAAGAGGAGGAACGUUUGAAAUUACAGCGCUUGGAAGAAGAGAGACGUGUCGAAGAACAGGAAUUGGCCCGCUUGCGCGAAGAACAAAGAAAACGAGCGGAAAUUCAACGCAAACGUGAGGAGGAAAUAAAACGUCUUGAAGAGGAAGAGAAACGCAUUGCCGAAGAGGAGGCACGCAUCAAAUACGAACUGGAGGAGGCGGAGAGACAGCGCAAGCUUGAAAUUGAAAUGGAAGCUAAACGGGCCGAAGAAGAGGCCCGCGCCAAAGAGGAGGAACUUAAGCGUCGCGAAGAACAAGAGGAACGUGAUCGUUUGGCCAAAAUCGAACAAGCCAAGCGCAUAGAGGAGUCGCGCAAAGAACAAACCAAAAACGAAGUUAGUAAUAAUUUCAGAAAUCGUUUGGCCUCGUUAUCGCCGGAAUUGCUCAAGGAAUUCAUGGAGAAGCGAAAACAGCGUAAAUUGCAAAAGAUGAGAGAAGAGAAGGCGCGACAAGAGGCAUUAGCAAAUGGUUCGGCUUAAAUUGGUGAUCCCUCCAGCCAAACCACCUACCAACCGAAAACUAAACGAACUUAUGAAUAAGCUAACAUUUUUCUAGAUUUUCAUCGUCUCUCUCUCUUUCCGAUUCUCACACUCUCGUUGAAGUUCUCUCUAUUUCGACCCCCUAACGAUUAGCCAACCCAAAUGAGAUGAUGUUGUAUAUUUGUGUUAAUAGAGGAAAAAGGGAACACGCGUUUACUCUCUUUUGUUGUAAGCAUUAAAGAGAGUUUGAAAAAAACACAAAGUCGUAAUACAUUCUUUUUUUCGUUUCUAACAAUUCGUCAAAUUUUUUCCAUUAAAAAAUAUACUCACAAAAAAAAUUAAAAACGAGUUGUUUUCAGUUUUUUGUUGUCUUAUUUUUCGUUUUGUCAAGUACAACUCCCUGAACCCACAGCUUCCACACAACCCCCAUAUACCCAUUCUAACAGAGAUUUAAGUGCACUAUAGUAUUAAAUUUUAAAACCCCGGUUUUAAAACACACAAUCAAAAAAAAAAAGAAAAGUCAAAUGCCAAAAUACUUAUGUGAGAAAAUAUUUUGAAAGAAAAAAAUGAUUUUUUCUUUUCAAAAGAAGAACACAUCAAGAAGAACUGUAUAUACAUAUCCUUAAAAUAAAAUGUAAUGCACCGAACUUUUUUUAAAAAAAAAUUAUAGAUUUUUAAAAUGUACUUUUAUCCCCCCACAUCGACAGGUGACACGAUUACUUUCCACUUUCCAUUAAGAAAAAGAAAAAAAAAACAAAAUAAUUAUAAACCGACUAAACAAAAACCUACAACGAUAAUCAGGACUAUGAUUUGGGUGGGACUGGCCGUCAU